AUGUAUCACCAGCGACAAGACUCUGUCGGGAGUGCGAUCCCGCUGCACAACUACUCGUACCAGCAGGCGCCUGGCGGGAACGAGCAGGGCUACGGCAGCGCGUAUGGCGAGAAGCAGUAUCCUCAGGGCAAAGCCGCCGGCUCGCGCCGCCACCCCUGGCGGUGGAUCAUCGGCGCCCUCGUCCUCAUCGCCGUGAUCCUCGGCGCCGUCCUCGGCGGCGUCUUUGGCUCCCGCGCCGCAAACGACAACAAGAAGAGUGAUGCGGCCAGCGGGGCCGACAACAAGGGCGCGAGCGGGAGCGGCGUCGCGAAUGCGGCGACGAGGACCAAGGGCAGUGGAGGGUUUGCGAUUGUGCCGACGGCCACGGACCAGUUUGGCAACCCCAUGUACCCUACGUCGACGGGCUCAGCUCACAUCUCUGCACCGACCGUCGUCUCGAACUCGUCCCUCUCGUGCCAGGCCGACAGCACGUCCGGCCUCUCGCUCACCUCGCCCAAGACGUCGCACCCUUUGCUCAUCGCGACCGAGAACAAGUGGAACUGCCUCCCUCAGCUCAUCGCGCAAGACUCGUACAUGAGCUACUGGAACGACACCAUCUUCCUCAACGCGACCAAGUUCUACGACAUGCCGCCUACGAACUACUCCAUCGACGGAGGCCUCACCGGCUCCGGAGUCCUCGACGUCGCCCGCGAAGUCCAGCUCCGCAUCAAGCACUGGGCCUACGCGUACCGCCUCUCGAACGACACCAAGUGGGUCGACCGGACCUGGCGCGAACUCGUCGUCGCCUCGGGCAACGACACGAGCCAGUACUUUGGCCAGGACAACAAAGGCGGCGACGUCUGGAACUCGGGACACUUCCUCGACCUUGCCGAAUUCACAGAGGCGUUCGCGCUCGCGUAUGACUGGAUGUACGAUGCGUGGACGCAGCAGCAGCGCACGGCGAUCGCGUGGAGUAUCGUCAACCUUGGGUUGAGGUACGGCGUGAAUGCGUUUGCGGACCCGUCUGGCGCGGGCGCGAGUUACAGCUGGUGGACCAAGGUCGACGGGAACUGGAACUGCGUCUGCAACAAGGGCAUGACGAUGGGCGCGUUGGCCAUCAUCAACGAGGACCCGACCAACGGCAUCGCCAAGCAGAUUCUGGGAUACACCGUCCCGAACGCGGUCGAGUACUGCUCGUUUGCGCCCAGUCCCGAGGGGACGUGGUCCGAGACGGCCAACUACUGGUACUUCGGCACGUACUCGCACGUCGAGAUGGCGGCGGCGCUUCUCUCGGCGACCGGCUCGACGCAGAACAUGCUCGACGCGAACCCGGGCAUGAAGCUCUCGGCGACGUACCACAUGUACGUGACGGGCAUGCAAGGGCUCUUCAACUACGGCGACUGCGGACCGAACAAGUACACGGCGACCGCCAACGGCCUCAUGUUCUACGGCAACCAGUACAACAUGCCCGUCUACACGCUCUUCCAGCGCGACCGCGGCGACGCGCCCGAACCCAUGUCGAUGCUGUACUACGACCCGCAGGUCUCGGGACAGUUCUGGGACAACUUGCCCCUCGACCACCACUUCUCCAACACGACGGAUGGGUGGUUCUCGGCUCGUUCGAGCUGGACCGACAACGACGGCAUCUACAUCGCCAUGAAGGCCGGCAAGUUGACGGGGCACCAGACGCAUGGGGACCUCGAUGCGGGAGACUUUGUCCUCGACGCGAUGGGCCAGCGUUGGGCUGGCGAGCUCGGCUCGGGCGACUACCUCUCCAACGGCUACUUCUCGUCCGAGGACCAGAACUCGCCUCGCUGGCUCUACUACCGCAAGCGCACCGAGGGCCAGAACACGCUCCUGAUCGGCGACGCCGACCAGAACGUCGCCGGCACCCCGCAGACCACCUUCCAGUCGACCGGCGAGGCGCAGGACGCGCUCGACUACACCCCGACCAACUCGAGCACCGCGUUCUUCACGGCUGACUUGAGCGAGAUGUACAACUCGACGACGUCGGUCAAGCGCGCUAUCCGCUUCAUCAACGGCCGCCACCAAGUCCUCCUCCGCGACGAGGUCGACUCGUCCGCCGCCGUCCAAUGGCGCAUGAACACGAACGCGACCGUCGCCCUCUCGAACAACAACCAGCAGGCGACCCUCACGCUCGGCGGGCAGACGCUCAUCAUGCAGCUCCGUUCGCCGUCCGGCGCCCAGUUCGCCACCGCUCAGCCUGAGAGGCAGUCCUCUGACCCGACGACUACCAACUACGGCGGAUCGAACGUCCAGAUGAGCCCUGACCAGCCCAACCCCGGCGUCACGGUCGUCACGGUCGACGUCGCUGCCGGCAACAAUGUCAUCGAGGUGCUCUUCAACCCGCAAUGGAAGAGCUUCAAGUCCUCCGACUACCUCACGCCUCCCUCUGUCGCCAUCGACAGCUGGUCGCUCACCUCGCACAACUAG